AUGGUUAGCAGCACUAGUAGAGCUUCAGCAAGGGAGGUCUCCAACAUGAGUCACGGUAGUACUUCUACUACCAUCGCCUACGAUGGUGUCAUGGCACUUCUCGCUACAGCUUUGGUUAUUCUCAGUCUCAUUCUGAUCAUCAUCCUCUGCAGGAAGAAACCAAUGGACCCAGAAGAAGGUUUUCCUGCCAAGCUCUGUGCCCGUGCUUAUUCCUUAACUGAUGUUGAUGUCGCCACCGAUGGCUUCAACCAACGCCUGAUUAUCGGAGCUGGCCGCCUGGGAACUGUAUAUGAAGCUCAUUUGACAGGAGGGGAUGUAGUUGCCGCAAAGCGGAUCCAUCCACGGCUUGUAUUGAGCAAUGCUGGCUUUGGAUUCUCAUCUAUAGUCAAGUCACUCUCGUUCGCAGAUCACCCUCACGUAGUACCCAUUAUUGGAUUGGCAGAGGCCCCAGGAGAGAGAAUUAUCCUAAUGGAGUUCAUGGGCAUGAGGAGCUUGGACUACCACCUACGCCAUGACUGCUGCAACGGUGCACCUCUCCUGGACUGGGAGCUUCGCCUCAGAGUAGCUGCAGGUGCUGCUCGAGGCAUCGAAUACUUGCACGAGAAGAUGACUCCUCCUAUAGUUCAUGGGUGUGUUAAGCCUUCUAACAUCUUGAUUGAUUCGCAUUUCUGUGCUAGAGUUAGUGACUAUGGGCUCUGUUUCUUGGCACCCCACGAGCGGAGAGGUCUUGUGGGGUAUGUGGAUGAUGAGUAUUGGAAGCAAAGAGGGGGAGCAUGCAAGGCAAGUGAUGUGUAUGGAUUUGGGGUGGUUUUGUUACAGAUUUUAAGUGGGAGGAGGUGUGAAGAAGGGUUGAUUGCUGAGUGGGCAUUGCCGUUGAUAAGAGAUAUGAAACUUCAUGAGCUUUUGGAUCCUAGGCUUGUAGUCCCUUCAGAUAUAGAGCCCCUGUUUAGAUUAGCCAAGGUUGCAUCAGCCUGUGUAAGUAACAGCAGGAGAAACCGGCCUUCCAUUGUUCAAGUGGCAGCUAUUUUGAAUAAUUUGGAGAGGGGACUCUGUUCACUUGAAUGAUGGAUCUAUCUAAUUAAAUUCAUGUAUUGGCUUGGAUUAGAGAAAUCCUCAAAUGCUUUAAUUCCUGUCAUAACUGAUCAUAUACAAACCAGCAGUGAGGCACCCUAACAAAUGGAUGCAUGAUACCCAGAUCGAUGGAAAGAAAUAAACCCCUGAUAACACGUACAGGAAAGAGUAGCUUGAUCAAGUGGUCUCAUGGUGUUGGAGAGCGAGGUGAAUCGGCUAAGAUGGAAGCAUGUUAGAAUAAUGGGAGGAAGAAUAUUUGCGGAACGUUGAAAUGGAAAGUUUGGACGGUGGCUUUACUCUUUUGGGCGGUGACAGCUGAACUAUAAUUUUUGUCUGUAGUCUAUAAUGGGGCCCAUUAG